AUGGGGUCUUCUCCGCAAACCCAACACGGGCGCCAAGGCCGCCCAGCGACAGAACAAGAUGAACCUCUACUUACGCAGGGUGUCUCCGAUAUGUCAAGUUCCGAGAGUGACAGUGACUCAGAGAGCGCCGAUACCGCUUUCUUUGAAGGGAACUCGCUCCGCACGAGGAGAUUAGGUGUUGCACCUUUGGAAAUCAAUGGCCGGCGGCUAUCUGCCGAUGAAAAUGAGCACGGCGACUCGGACAGUCUGCCUGAACUGGCAGAAGAGGAAAAGCCAGUGACGUGGAGUUCACUCCCGAAGAAAGGCCAAUUAGCGAUUUUGACAUUUGCUCGGUUGUCGGAGCCCUUGACGCAAACUUCUCUGCAAGCAUAUAUGUUUUAUCAGCUCAAAUCGUUUGAUCCAUCUUUGCCGGACUCGGAAAUCACUGUACAGGCGGGCAUUCUCCAGGGUAGCUUCACAGCUGCGCAGUUUCUCACUGCCGUUUGGUGGGGGCGGCUCGCCGAUGCGGAAUGGAUGGGAAGGAAACGGGUUCUAUUGAUCGGAUUGCUAGGCACUUGUAUUUCUUGCCUGGGAUUCGGAUUUUCUCGGUCAUUCACUUCCGCUAUGAUCUUUCGAACCCUUGGUGGAAUACUGAAUAGUAAUGUCGGCGUCAUGAGAACUCUGAUUGCCGAGAUCAUUGCUGAGAAGAAAUUUCAAUCUCGAGCGUUCCUGCUGCUCCCAAUGUGCUACAAUAUUGGUGUUAUCAUUGGCCCAAUCUUGGGCGGCUCCUUGGCCGACCCUGUCCGCAGCUUUCCGCAGCUCUUUGGUCCUGGAUCAGUCUUCGGCGGCACGGACGGUGUUGGGUGGAUGAAGCACUGGCCAUACGCACUACCCAAUGUGCUGAGUGCGUUCUUUAUUUUUGCAUCAGUAUUGGCCGUCUUCCUUGGACUGGACGAGACACACGAAUAUGCAAGAUACAGGAAAGAUUGGGGCCGAAGCCUAGGAAAGCGACUACAGCGAGCUCUGACCCCGUCAUCCAAAUAUCACCGCCCAUUACCGCGUGCCAGAAACGAUGGCUCUGUCUACCUCGACGAGAAUGCCGAGACCUGGUCAGUGCCAUCGAGCCCUGCCCGCUCGCGGAUUCAACCCAGAGCACACAAACGCCCGGAGUUCCGACAGAUUUGGACUCGAAACGUUCUCUUAACCCUAUUUGCUCACUUCCUGCUUGCCUUCCACACCAGCGCCUUUAACUCCAUGACAUUCUCCUUCCUUCCUACACCCCGAGCCCCUGAGGGUUCCCGCGACGGACUAUUUCACUUUAAUGGUGGGUUAGGACUCCCCUCUGCUCGUGUUGGGCUUGCCACCGCCAUCAUCGGCAUCAUUGGGUUACCACUGCAGAUCUUCGUCUAUCCGAAAAUACAGACAAAGCUCGGUACAAUGGCAUCGGCACGGGUCUUUAUGCCUUUCUCACCACUCUCGUACAUCUUGAUGCCAUUCCUUGUGAUUCUUCCGAAUGUACCAUGGGUCGUCUGGUCCUGCUUUACCGUGGUGGUGGGCUUCCAAGUGAUCUCACGGACAUUCAUUCUACCCGCUGCCAUCAUCCUUGUAAAUAACUGUGUCACAGACCCAUCUAUCCUGGGAACUGUUCAUGGUGUCGCACAAAGCAUUUCUAGUGCGGCCCGAACACUCGGUCCAUUCCUGGGUGGCUGGGGUCUCGGUCUGGGGCUCGAGAAUAAUAUGAUUGGCGGUGUCUGGUGGGCAUUGGCCAUCGAGGCCCUUAUUGGAUGGGCCGUUCUGUAUACCAUCUAUGAGGGUAAGGGCAUUGAACGAAAGAAGGACGUGGAGGAAGAUGAAGAAUGA